AUGGCUGCCCUCUCGACCAACUCGAUACAGAAGUGGUACAACCGCUACUUGAGUGAGGUGGCUAAUGGAUGCCUGGAGCUGCCUGUCUACGAAAAGGAAGGAAAUAUUGGUGGCCGUGCUGCACAGAAGACAGUUGAUGAGGCUGUUAGUAAGUGGCUGUUGAGUGGUUUUGAACUGGCUUACAACUGGUUAACAACUGGUUAA